GUAUUAUACAUUGUUUAUAACUGUGUAUUUGUUGGUAAUGUAUACCAAAAUUUUGGGACUUUUCUGAUUGCAGGUUUAUUAAUUUUUUUGAUGAAUAUUAAUUUUUGUAUUAUACAUUGUUUAUAACUGUGUAUUUGUUGGUAAUGUAUACCAAAAUUUUGGGACUUUUCUGAUUGCAGGUUUAUUAAUUUUUUCAAUUAUCCAUUGUUGAUUAAACUGUGUAUUUGUGGAUUAUGCAUAUGAAAUGUAAUGAUUGGUUUAUGAAAUUGUGUAUUUAUGGGUGAUGCAUAUAUCAAUUUUGGGACUUUUCUGAUUGCAGGUUUAUUAAUCUUUUCAAUUAUCCAUUGUUGAUUAAACUGUGUAUUUGUGGAUUAUGCAUAUGAAAUGUAAUGAUUGGUUUAUGAAACUGUGUAUUUAUGGGUGAUGCAUAUAUCAAUUUUGGGGCUUUUCUGAUUGCAGGUUAUUCCCAAUUGCUUUGUGGUUUGAAUUUUUUUGUAAGCUCUUUUGGGGCUUGACUGGUUAUGCAUGAUUGGUUUUUGCUGUGAUUUUUAUUAGAAUUUGGUUAGUUGGGUUCUGUGUAGAAUGCAAUGUGAUGGUAUUGUUAUAGUGUAAAUAGAAUGCAAUGUGAUGGUUUGGAUGUUAUAUGUUUGUGGCUGAUUUUAUUUAUGGUGUAAUGAAUAGCAUACUUGUUUACAUAUCUCUUAGACUACAAUGUUUGUGAUUUUGUUAGAUGAAGAAAAAAACCAAAGCCGCAAUUCUUGCAUCAGUUGCAUCUGUCCUCCUUGUGGGGGUUGCAUUGUUAAAGAAAUUACGACGUAGACGUAGAGAUCUGCCUAGGGCGCCUUAUGUUAACCAUGCCGCCGAGAGAGAGGAAUACAUAAAUAGUGUUUUGCAUGGAAGUGAGAGACAUUGUGUGAAUCAACUUAGGAUGAAGCCUAUAGCUUUCCACCACUUAUGUCACGCCCUCACUGAGGGGGAGCACGUACGUCCGACUGUUCACAUGUCUGUUACGGAGCAAGUGUUCAUUUUCUUGCACAUUAUUGGUCAUAAUGUGAGGUUUCGUGUAAUGGGUGGUCGGAUCUAUAGAUCAACUGAGACUGUUCAUAGAUACUUCAAAGUUGUCCUUAGGGGGGUCCUGAAAUUAUAUAGAGCUCUAAUAAGACUGCGUAGCGAAGAUACACCUCCAGAGAUAAGGAAUAGCAGAAGGUUUUACCCAUAUUUUAAGGAUUGUGUUGGAGCAAUAGAUGGUACACAUGUUCGUGCAUCUGUGCCACCUGAAAUACAAGGAAGAUUUCGUGGUCGCAAAGAUGGAACCACGCAAAAUGUGUUAGCUGCCAUUAGUUUCGACUUAAAGUUCACUUAUGUGUUGGCUGGAUGGGAAGGCAGUGCACAUGAUUCACGUGUAUUAAAUGAUGCAUUUGCUAGGCCAGGGGGAUUUUCAAUUCCCAAUGGUAAAUUUUAUCUUGGUGAUGCUGGGUAUGGUAAUAAAAAUGGAAUAUUGUCACCGUAUCGGAGUGUACGAUAUCACUUGAAAGAGUUUAGUGAUCGUCCUCCUGAGAAUGCGCAAGAAUUGUUCAAUCUCCGACACUCUUCAUUGAGAACUACCAUUGAGCGAGGGUUUGGAGUGGUGAAAAAACGUUUUCGAGUGUUGGAUGCAGAACCAUAUUGGUCUUUCCCAACCCAAGUGAAAGUAGUGUUAGCGUGUUGUGUGGUUCAUAAUCACAUUAUGGGGGUUGAACCAAAUGACCAUAUUAUGGAAGAUGCAAUGAACCAAGUAGAGCUUAGUGACCACCAAGAAGAAACACAGUCUCGUCGGGAGUCCGUCGAAGAUAGUAGAUCAUGGAAUGCUAAGAGAGAUGAGAUAUGUCAAGCCAUGUGGUCUGAUUAUAUCAGGAGUGGAGAGUAGUACUUUAUUUAGAUUUUUAUGAUUGUAAUGUGUUUUUUCUUUUUGUUUUUUUUUAAAGACAAUGUAUGUAAUAUAGACUUUUGGUGAUGUAAUGAAAAAGUAUUUUUAGCAUUA